AUGCAAAAUCGCGGCCUGGUGUUUAACAAAAAGUUGGAAGAAACUCUAGAAAGUGCUAGAUCAGUGGCACAUACAUCUCCUAAAAUAUAUAACCCAUCUAUUGUGAAAACGAAAGGUCGUGUAUCAAAACGUGCUGCAACACGAAGGCAGGCAGACAUCGGUGGCUCACAAAAAUGUACGAUUGUGUGCGGCUCAUGUAGACAAACUGGUCACACUAGACGUAGCAAGAAUUGUCCUAAAAAUACACAAAAAAGAAAACAUAGUGAGUUGCACUCAGACAAUAUGACAGAUCAUACUGAUGAUGAAGAAAGUGAAGAUAACUAUGUGGAAGAGCUACAAGAAGAUGAGAGCGAAAGUGAAAUUGAAAGUGAUAACAAUGAUGUUCAAGCCUACGAGCCUUGUCCGUACUGUGAAGAACCAUUGCCCAGCCCUCUUCCACCAAAGCUUGAACAAUAUUUAAGCAGACUACGAAAAAGAAAAUCAUAUGCAUUUUGUAUGUUUCAUGAAGCUGAAUUAAUAGUUGGGCCAGAAGGUGUUAAGAAAGGGUACCCAACUGUAAUAGACUUUGAUAGAUUGCCUGAAAGAAUUAAGGAAUUGGAACCCAAAUUGCUUGCUAUUAUCGAAGGCGAAGUAAGAAGUCAAUAUAGAGAAUUGAGCAUGGAUGCAUAUAGCAAGUCUGGUCAGAAGGCAAGAACGCCGAUGGUUUUAAUGGGAAGAUUUGAAGAGUUGCAAACAGGCUAUUAUGGACCGAAAGGGGCACAUGUAAUGCUUAAUACAUUAAUCAAAAUGUUUAUGCAGACUAACAAGAUAACAGCAAAAUUAACAAGUCCGCAAAAGCCCAUCGAAUACAUUCAUGAAGUUCUUGUCCCUGAAACUUGUAUAAUGCUUAUUCAGGAAGAUAGAGAAGGAAUUUCAUAUGAAGCAGCGCAAAUUAUUAUGAAUGAGAGUAAUGCUUUUGGUCUACAUAUGUUUCCUGAUAAUGACGAAUAA